UUGUUUUUCUUAAUGUAGUACAUAUUAAUAAAAUUUAUGAGAUCUAAGAUCUAUUGUAUUUGAGAGAUUAACUGACAUAAAUGGUAUGCUUUUAUAAAACCUGUUAAAAUGACAAAAAUGGUUUGACAUCUUUAAGGAACAAAGUGAUCUAAACUUCUUAAUAUGAAUUGGCAUUACCUUGAACACAUUGCAUUGUGAUUACAUGAAAGAUUUGCUGAAAUGGUCACGUGUUCAGAAACUACUACAUCUUAAUAGUAAACAGUUGCCUUGUUUGUUUCUUUGGUUUGCUUGUUUGCUGCUUAGCAUCAGGACACCCGCCCCUUGUGUGGGAAAUACACAAUUUUGUGACCCUAUGGGUUGAAACCCAAAAAGUCUGAUGCUUUUUCUCAUUCCUGGCAACCAAGGGAUAGGACCAAAUUGGGUCAAUUGAAUGCCCUUGCCCCUAACUGUGAACAGAGUAGUGUUAUGAAGAAGGAAAAGGAGAUUAGAAUCAAUGCUGGUAUCCUUCCAUUGCCCCAUCAUUUCAGGAUCCAAGUGUCCAGUAGAUGUGGUCCCUUAGCCAGCCUGUACCUUUGGCCAUGGUACCAGCUAACUACUUUCCCUAUGUUCCCAAGUUAUCUGGUAACCAUUCAGGAAAUUAUUUUCCUACUUAAGUAUACAAAAAACAGUGUCAGUUUUCACCUGACCGAUUCAGUCACCCUUCAGAGAUGUAGGAAAACUAUUAGCAGCUGAGGGUUGCUGCCAAGGCCAGUGUCUGGGCUCUGCAGUUUUCUAACUUGUGAUAUUGGGUCACCCCACUAAGCAGGAGAGCAGCGACUCCGUCUGGCUUAAUCAUUAUGGGAUGGCCAGCUCCCAGCUCCAUGCCCUAGGCAAACAGACAUUCAGUGCAUAUUUAUCUGACUUUAAUUUAAUUGAAGAAAACAGUAACACUGAACUCUAGGUUUGCUCAGUAUCUGUUACAGAUUUCUUGAUUCUGACUGCUUUUAGUUUAAAUUUUUUUUUUAGCAAGAAAGAACUAAGAAUGAUGACACUAGGCUUUAAAUUCAGGUAAACAGGAGGCUGGGUUUUUUGCAUAAGCAGAAAUGAGGAAGUCAAGAGGAAGAGAUUAAAUUUCUGUUGUAAUAAAUUGAAUCUGCUAAAUGCCAUGGCUUUUUAAUUUUCUUAAUCACACAUUAAACCGGUUAUGUUGCUGCCUAGAUGGCUAUAUAUUUGUUUAAAAGUACAGCAGUCCCUCCUACUGGACUUUGAUCCUGCAAAAACAACUGUUAUCUAACUCACCCUCAGACUGUCACUGGGACACCUGCAUGAAGAAUAUUCUUUCAUUUUUUAAAAAAGGUUUUGCAUAUAUAUGAUUUAAGCUUUCAAAAUGAUUAGAAAAUGUUUUAUUGUUCUACUCUUGUUGCUUGUGACUAUAGAAGAAGCAAGGUUAUCAUCUCUCAGUUUUCUGGAUAUAGAGAAGACUGAAAUACUAUUUUUUACGAAGACGGAAGAAACCAUCAUUGUAAAUUCAAGCUACAAAGAUAAACGGCCUAAUUCCAGCUACCUCUUUGUAAAAAUAGAAGAUCCUAAAAUACUGCAAAUGGUGAAUGUGAUCAAGAAGAUCUCAUCAGAUGGUACAAACUUUAUCAUAAAUCUGGAGACUGAUGAAGAAGGAGAAACAAAUGUGACUAUUCAACUGUGGAAUUCUGAAGGUAGGCAAAAAAGACUCAUUGAAGAAAUCAAGAAUGUGAAAGUCAGAGUGCUUAAACAAAAAGACGGUCUUCUCCAGGCGUCAAUGCAUAUUGAUAGAAAUAUCCUAAUGCUUAUUUUACCACUAAUACUAUUGAAUAAGUGUGCAUUUGGUUGCAAGAUUGAAUUACAGGUGUUUCAAACAGUAUGGAAGAGACCUUUGCCAGUAAUUCUUGGGGCAGUCACACAGUUUUUUCUGAUGCCAUUUUGUGGAUUUCUUUUGUCUCAGAUUGUGGCAUUGCCUGAGGCACAAGCUUUUGGAUUUGUAAUGACCUGCACAUGCCCAGGAGGGGGUGGGGGCUAUCUCUUUGCUCUGCUUCUAGACGGAGAUUUCACGUUGGCCAUUUUGAUGACUUGCACAUCAACAUUAUUGGCUCUGAUCACAAUGCCUGUCAAUUCUUAUAUAUACAGUAAGAUAUUAGGGUUGUCAGGUACAUUUCAUAUUCCUGUUUCUAAAAUUGUAUCAACACUCCUUUUCAUACUUGUACCAGUAUCAGUUGGAAUAGUCAUCAAGCGUAGAAUGCCUGAAAGAGCAAACUUCUUGGAGAGAAUAAUUAGACCUCUGAGUUUUAUUUUAAUGUUCGUAGGAAUUUGUUUGACUUUCAGAGUGGGAUUAAUAUUUUUUAAAAAAGAUAACCUAGAGGUGCUUCUGUUGGGUCUCUUAGUUCCUGCUUUGGGUUUGCUGUUUGGGUACUCCUUUGCUAAAGUUUGUAUGCUGCCAGUUCCUGUUUGUAAAACCGUUGCUAUCGAAAGUGGGAUGUUAAAUAGCUUCUUAGCUCUGGCCAUUAUUCAGCUGUCUUUUCCACAGUCCAAGGCCAAUUUAGCAUCUGUGGCUCCUUUUACAGUAGCCAUGUGUUCUGGAUGUGAAAUGUUACUAAUCAUUCUAGUUUACAAGGCUAAGAAAAGAUGUAUGUCUUUCUUACAAGAUAAAAGGAAAAGAAAUACCCUAGUCUAACAAUUAAAGCAUUACUGAAUUCCUACUCUGGGUAAGGCACGGUGGGAGAGUCAAAGAAUAACUACAAUGAUACCUGCUCUAAAGCCAGUUAUAAUCUAGUUAAAAAUCUGACAUUGGGGAUAGAGAAUACAUAUGUGUAUAUAUAUACACACACACACACACACACACACAUAUUCAUACAUGCUAAGCACUCAAUGAGUGGUGGAGAUGAUAAUACGAAAGUUCAAAGGAAGGAGACAACUUUUCAACUGUGUUGGUUUGAGAAUGUUUUAUAGGCUAUGACGUGAAUAUGAUACUUCCAGUGGUCUCCUAAAUGAGACAAAGCAAUAGAAAAGUGAUUACGAUAUAUCCUAAGUAUUUAAAGAAGGAACACCCAUAUAGCAGACAUUUGGUAAAUUCUCACUCAGUGAAUGAAUUUGCAAAUUUCUAUUUGGUGCUCUCAUUAGCACAUCAAAAUGAAUAUGUUUUAAAGUAAAUGUGGCAUCUCUGCUCUCAGAGCUGAGCUUUCUCCUGUCUUCCAUGUUAACCCACCAAAGGCAUUACCAUUUACCCUGAAACACAGGGUCAGCUCUUCAACCUCUUCUCUCUUCUGUCUUCUUUCUUUAUAGUCAACGUAGUUCCUAAGAAACAGCCUAUAAUACAAUUGCCAGUGCUCUUCUCAGUUCUCAGUGCUAUCACUGUUUUUCUGCACUCUAUUGUUUCUUCCCUAAACCUUUCUAAACUGGCUUCCUGCUUUCCCUAUUUCCUAGCCUUAUGAUUGAUUGUAGUCACAUUCUUUAAUCUUCUUAUAGUCCAGUUUUCUCACAUAACAAAUGAAGCUAAUGGUGUCAACACCGUAGAUUGUCCUAGGAAUUAAAUGAGAGUAUACAUGUGUGGGGCUUAGAAGAGUGCCUGGGACAUAGUAAGUGCUAUUAUGCUAUUAUGACAGUUUUAACUUUCAACCCUGGUAGAUCUGCUGCUUGUUUGAAAUAGCAAUCAUAUAACUAUGUAUGGGGCCUAAAACUGUCAACAUUUUCUAUCAGUACUGUUCACCAUCUUGAUCAUAGAAUUAGAUAAGUUUUAUUUACUUUGCCAGUUGAUAAGAUAACCAAGGUAUUUUUUUUUAAUACCACCAAAACCAAUAUAUGACUACCAAGAUUUGUGCAAAAUAAUGAUAAUUGCCUAAGUAGAAUAUGUUACUCCUUUAAACAGAAAUACCCACUAUGGGUUUAAAUAGAAUUACUUUUCUCCAAAUUUAACUUACAUAAUGUUUUUGUUUGUUUGCUUUUCAUUUGGAGAUGGAGUCUCACUCUGU